CCACCCUCGCUGUUGCUUUGCUUACCUCCUCUCCUCUCCAUUAUUACUCAUAUAUUUUUUUUUUCUUAUUUUGUUGGGUAGCUCUUUUUUUUUUUUUUUUUCUGUUUUCGGGGGAGGGUUUUCGUCCGUUUUCUCAUCUAUCAACUCCCACCUCCCUCUUUCUGCCUGCCUCGCCUCCUUCCCUACUUCCACCGCACCAUCAUCUGCUCUCUCCAUUCUUCUUCACCCUCCCUACUUUCUUUUGUCUUCUUUCCCCCCUCCUUUUUCUCUACCACCACCACCGCCCUCCCGCGUCUUUGUUAUCAUCGUCGUCAUCAUCCUCUCGUGUUUGCCCACCAAACUAUCUGCAACGGUGCAUUUCUGGGUCUCCUCAGAUCUUCUCAAUAACCUGAUCAUCGCCUAUCUGUUCCUUUUCUUUCGAUUCCAAAGGAUCUGUUGCUGAAACCAAAUCAAAGGUGCUUCAUAUUUAAGGGUGAAUCUUUUUUAUAAUCCGAAGCCUUUGAAGUUUAUGAUAAAUUAGAUUGCGGAAAAUGCUGGGAGGCAAUAGCGGCAAUCCCCUUGUUCCAGUUUUCCUGGAUGAGAACCGCAUUCCUUAUCAGAACAACGCUUCAAACCAGCUGCAGUUAUUUGGUAAUUUGCCAGCUGGAUGUAACGUUGAUGCUGUAAACUAUUUUGGAAAUGAGCAUAUCUCUCCUAUGCUUCAGCCCAAUAAACGAAGCAGGGAGCCAGAAGACUUUAGUAGACAAAAAAAGCUCCAAAUUUCAUUGAACUAUAACAUUUGCAAAGAUGAAGCUGACCGCUCAGCAAGUGUUCCGAACAACCCUAAUGCUGUGUCAACUGGGUUACGACUAUCAUAUGACGACGAUGAACGAAACUCUUCUCUGACUUCAGCAAGUGGGAGUAUGGCAGCAGCAAAACCUUCAAUGAUCUUGUCAUCCCUUGGGGACAAUAUUCGGUCUGAGCUUGAUCGCCAGAAAGAGGAAUUUGAUCAAUAUAUCAAACUUCAGGAGGAGCACCUGGCUAAGGGAGUGAGGGACAUGAAACAGAGACAUGUUGCCUCAUUUCUUGGUGCUAUUGAGAAGGGUGUUGCAAAGAAGAUUCGGGAGAAAGACAUAGAGAUAGAGAAUAUGAACCGUCGAAACAAGGAGUUGAUUGACAGAAUAAAACAAGUGGCGACAGAAGCCCAGAAUUGGUACUACAAGGCAAAGAACAGCGAAUCACUGGCCAAUGUCCUGAAGACCAAUCUCCAGCAGGCAAUUGCUCAGGGGGCUGAUCAAGUAAAAGAAGGAUUUGGGGACAGUGAGUUUGAUGAUGCUGCCUCUUGCAUUGAUCCUAAUAACAACUACCUGAAGAUGACGAUAGGUGGUUGUGGCCCUUCAUCAAAGCCUCUCUCUCGGCGAGGUGGCUCUAAAGAGCAUAUGACCUGCAGAGCAUGCAAAGCAAGGGAGGUGUCGGUAUUGUUAAUGCCUUGCAGGCAUCUGUGCCUAUGUAUAGACUGCGACAUGUUCGUCAAUGUUUGCCCUGUAUGCCAGUUGAUCAAAACUACCAGCAUCCAAGUAUACUUGUCCUAAAUUAUGAAAAAUUGAAAUGUCACUCAAAUGUGAAAGGAAAAAAAAAGGGUCAUCCUAACUCUCUUCUGUGAUAAAAGAAAAACCAAACCUCAUGCAGGGUCUUUCCUGGUAUUACAAAAGUUGUAUUUGGAGUAACCUUGUUUAUUUUUGGGAAAAUGGAGUUCGAGUAAAGUAUGUUUCUAUUCCAUCUUUUUCCCCCUCUAUCAUGAAAACUGUCAAGAGUGCUUGUUUUUUAAACCAUGGAAAGAAGGUAGCCAUUCUGCUGUUAUAUAGCUUUGGUGG